AUGAAGAAGAGAUCCGGUGAGGAGAAAAAAGUUAGCUCCGAGAGACGUCGUCUCGUAGAGGAAUUGCACGCUCCGGCGAGAAGAAAUUUUUCGCGAAGGCGCGUCAUAGUCCGAGGAUACAACGAUCUGUGGCAGGCUGAUAUCGUCGAGAUACGUCCGUACUCGAGCUACAACAGAGGCCGUCACUACAUACUCACCGUCAUCGAUGUGUUGAGCAAGUACGCGUGGGCCGUACCGCUCAAAAGCAAAGGUGGAAGCGAGACGGCAGACGCUAUCGCUGAGAUAAUUCGAGAGAGUGGAAGAUGUCCGAAAAAUUUGCAAACGGAUAUGGGGAAGGAGUUUUACAACGCCGAUGUGCAAAAAAUCUUGACAAAACACAACGUUAAUCACUAUUCCACGUAUUCGACGCUGAAAGCCAAUUACAAGUGGGUCGACGAACUGCCGCGUCUCGUGUCAGAUUACAACGCGCGCAAGUAUCGCACUAUCGGUAUGCGACCCGCCGACGUAACUCCUGCGAUCGCCGAAAGACUCUUGGGCACGGUGUACAGCGCGAUAAAGAUCGCGGGUGCGGCGAAAUUCAAAGUGGGCGAUUCAGUACGCGUGAGCAAAUACAAGACAAUUUUUGAGAAGGGUUACACGCCAAAUUGA